AUGAAUUCAUCAUCCUCUUCACCUCCAAGAAAAUUAUUGAAAACGAUGCCCAACCAUCUCACUAACUCAUCGGAAGAGGACACUGAAGCAUGUUCCUCCUCUCAUACCAAUUCUACAAUGAAAAUUAUAACAAGCGGUUCCAAUCAUGAUGCAGAAUCCGAUCAACUGUUAAUGCCCUCUCCUGCUGCACAAAUUCCAUCCUUCUCUCAACAACAAAUGAUUCAUCAUUUUACAAGCAACAAUUCGAGUCAAAAUCAUUAUUCAGAUUCAACUCCAAAGAAGAGAUUGUAUGAAACGGCGUUGAACAAUUACUCCUCGCAGCAUCAUUCUUCACGUUUAUUCCCAACUAAUUUAACUCUUCCGCCUGAUCAUUUUGAACAUGAUAUUACUCAAUCACCUGCUUUUCCUGUGUUGAAAGACCUGUUUGAUGCUUGUGAUAUUAAUAAUAGAGAUACGGAACUAAAAUCUGCUAUGUCCUCAUCAUUAUCCUCAGGGUCUUCAAUAUUUUCGGAAAACCAUCAAAUAGACUCACAGGGAGAGGUACAAGUGCCACCAUCAUCUCAACGAGAUGCGAGUGACAACAUGGUUGAUCAACAAACGUUGAACAAUGUAAAUUAUUCAGCAACAAGUGUUGCGGCAGCAGUAGAGGCAAAACCAUUAAUUUGUAAAGAAAUUGAACCAAAAGAAAUCAAGCUGAAUGUUUUGAAUUUAAACAAAAAGGGUCAUCACAUCAGAAUUUUACUUGUUCGACAUGGUCAAUGUAUCACCAAUGUACAAAAAACCAUUUUACAAGAGAAACCCGAUCAUUCAAUACCAUUAAGCAAAAUUGGAGAAGAACAAGCAAAAGCAGCAGGUGUAUAUAUUCGGAGAUUCUACGAAGAAAUGAAUCGUAGACUGAAAGAACAAAUCGAUAAGCAUAAUUUAAAUUAUAUUGACAUUUCAAACAAAAAGUUUUCCAACACUGUGAAACACAUUUCAAACGAAACAACCGAAUUUAAAUUUGAUAACGAUAGUGAUACUGAGGAAGACGUUCAACAUGCUUCUCACAAUGGAAACAAUCAUGGAAAAGUUGUGACAUAUCCGUUAAGAGUAAGAUUAUGGAAUUCCACAUAUAACAGAGCUAGAAUGACAGCUGAAUAUAUCAUGAAGGAAGCAUCCAACGUCAUUCAAGACCAAAGGGAGAGCAUUUUACUUGUGGAGCAGCAAUUUGGCCUAUUCGAAGGAGUACCUUUGGAAGAGUUGGCCAAUCGUUUCCCUCAAGAAUUCAGACAUUUUGAAAAGCAUAUUUGUGCAACAGGUCGUUUUUAUGCUCGUCCUCCUCUUGGAGAAUCCAGAUUUGAUGUUUCGAAACGAGUACAAUUGCUGUUUGAUAAAUUUAUUGAAGACAGCGAAAAAGAAUGCAUCAAUGAUAUUGUAAUAGUAUCACAUGGUGUAACUUGGCUUGACCUUAGUCCUGAAUGGUUUGACAAGGAAAUGAAUCCCAACAAUUGUGGCAUUCGUUUACUGGAUGGACAACACCGAGAUAGAGGUUAUGUAUUUAAUGGCUUUGGUCUCUCCCAUCAUCGAAACUAA